GCCUCUUGCUUGUGCUCUCGGAGGCUCUGGCUCUGAGACUCCGGCCUCCGCUGCGUGGAUUUCUAGCUUUUCUAGACCCAUCUGUUGCGUGAGCCUGUUACACCUGACACUGAGGGCUGCGUGGCUGGCACCAAAGCGAGAGCCCUCUGGGGCCUUUGGCAGAGGCCCGAAGCUGGAACCGUCAGGGAAUAUGAGCGAAUUUUGGCACAAACUGGGCUGCUGCGUGGUUGAGAAGCCCCAGCCGAAGAAGAAGAGGAGACGGAUCGACCGCACCAUGAUUGGGGAACCAAUGAACUUCGUCCACCUGACUCACAUCGGCUCCGGGGAGAUGGGGGCCGGAGACGGGCUUGCCAUGACAGGGGCCGUUCAGGAGCAGAUGAGAUCCAAGGGAAACCGAGACAGAGCGUGGAGCAAUUCGAGGGCCUUGUAGCUGCCAUGGGCUGGUUCUGCAGUCUUGGAGUUCCCAUUACGUGUCCAGCCCAGAAGAAAUGCCAUCACCAGAUCCCUUCUUCAGCCAGGGAGCCAAGGGCUCCUCCCUCUCUAACAAGUGCCUCAAACCACGUGGGGGCUGGACUCCCUCUGCUCCCUCUGGCCUCUGCCCCUCCUGGAGACGGGGUCCAGGCAGCAGGACUGACCAAGUGACUACUGUGGGCCAGAGGAGCCUCAGCUGAAGCCCUGGACAGCCUCGAUCUGAGCUGGGGCGGUCUCUGGGAGCCUGGAGUGGGGCUCCCUGCCCCUGAAUGAAGGUCGAGUGCCACCUGUUUAAACUUCUCGCCUUUACUCUCC